GUGAGGGUCAUCGUUUUGGUCGUCUGCGAGAACGACAGAAGGAAAAAAACUGUAAAUUCCUGGAUUCACAAUAGAAUUAACUGUAUCUAUAAAUCUAGAUCUAAUCUAGAUCUAUAAAUUAGAAGAUCAGAAAGUGAGAUCACGAUUGCUAAAAAAUAGCCAUUAAUAAUCAUUGAGGAAUCUUCCCAAAGAGCUACGUCAUUUUUGCAAAACUGCAUCAUAAAAUUCGAGUAAAGACAUAAGACUAUCUGCUGAUGCAUGGCCUGAGAAAAAUGGCUCCAUCUCAGGCUCUACCAAUAAUAAAGGGCCCAAGAGCAGGCACUGACAAAGAAGAUGCAGCAGCGAUUUCCAGUUCACUUGAGACACAUUUGACGUCCCUUCAAAAUGCAGAGAAUGAUCAAUCUAUUCUAAAAUUACUCACAGAUGAUACAUUAAAUAUGGUUUCAGAUGUGCUGAGUAUUCUGCCUAAGUUAAAUUUGCAUGAUGGAGUAGAACAAAUAAUUUGUAAAUUGACUGAUAUUUUUAUGAUAGCCAAUGAUGCAGGAAAAGAAGCUAAGAAAUGUAUUGUGUCAACUGUCACCGAAAAAUGCAUUGAUCUAAUAAUUAAUCAAUCAUUUUGGUUAAUGCAUAAAAUUGAGAUUUUAAAAAGUAUCAAUGCUGUGUUAGAGAAUUGUCCAGUUGCAACUAAGCAAGAAUUGUUGCCUAAAGCAGAAAUCAUUAACAAGCUAUCAUUAAUGUGUAGUUGCAUUUACGACAUAGGGGAUUAUGAACUUCAAGUUUGCAUCAUUGAGUUUCUCUUUCGACUUAUACCAAAAAGUAUGAGAGCUGAUUAUACUAGGAACAUGAUUAAUAACUAUACAGUUUAUACAGAAUUUCUGAAUAUUCGAGAUAAUAAAUUUGAAACUGAUUGUAGAUAUUUCCUAAACAAAAUCAAUGAACAAAACUUUCAUGUGUCGACCAGAGUUUACUCUUUUCCGGCAGAGUUUGUGAAAAUUGAUGGAGAAAAGAUAUACAAACCAUCUGAUGAAGGAUAUAAUGAAUUUUGGGUUGAUUUUAAUACUGGUAGUAAGAGAAUAGGAAUAUUUUGUGAACCCAACUUUUUGUCAAGUCAGCAAAGCCAAGAGGAAGAACUCUGGGAAACCAUUUCAGUUAGGGCUCAAGAUGUUAAACGAUAUACUUGCACAGUGCAAAAUAAAUUGGUUAGAACAGACAUUGAAAUUCUGCCUGGUGCUCAACUACUUGGAAAUAAAAGUGAUGGUCAGUGUCAUCUAGUUGUUAUAGCUGUUUCUCAGAAUUUUAAUUUAGAAAAAGCUCUGGAGGAAACGUUGAAACCUAACAAGAAAACAUCAUCUGUUGCUAAUCCCAUUUGCGUUGUAUUGAAAGGCAGUUUAAACCCCAGUAGGACAGUUGAAACAAAAGAAUCAAAUGCUAAUUCUUGUCAUAAAGAAGUUAAAAAAGUUACUCUCAAUUCAAAAUCUAAAACAUCUGUCCCUUCAGAACCGAUGACAACACCUGCCAGUUCAGUGAUUACUUCUGAAGUAGAUGAAGCUUUUUCAUGGAACCAAAUGCAGCAAAAUAUUAGUGCAGCUAAUUUCAAGAAUCCUACCAGUCAUAAGCUCCGGAAAACUGAAGAGACAUUGAAGCAUGAUGAAGCAUUGGCUAAUGUUGUUAAACAAAAAGUUGAUGAUGCAGGAAAUCAAUCAUUUGAUUUACCCAGCAAAACAGUUGACAGCAACAGAAGAUUAAACAUAGAGAAAGGUUCUGAUCUUAAUUCCAAUACAGUUAAGACUCAGGCAAAAGUUAGAGCUAGUGAAAAAUGCACUGAUAUGAGAGAACACAAUUUAGAUGCAAGAGCAAGUGAUGCAUGUGUAGAUGUUGCACUUACUAUCUCUCCACUUAAGGAGGGAGGUGACAAUAACUUAUCUUCACAGAAUUUUCUAAAAGAUAAAAUUUUGCAGCCAAGUGAUGAAACCAAAUUGAAUAGUAAAAAGAAAUCAAAUGGAAAAAUAAAUAAAAAGGGAAACAAUAUGCCAGAAAAAAAGCAUGAGAAAUCUGAAGAUCUUGAGAAAAGAAAAGUUGUGAAUUCUUCUAACCCAAGAGUGCGUUCCAAAAGAGGUUCUGGAAAAACAGUCGGUGAACAGGUUCCUACCACACCCACAAAAACGUUAAGAUCAGGAAAGAAAAUAAAAACUCCUAUUGUUUUUAUUCAAGACCUCCAAAAGAUUUCAGAUAAAGUUCCAGAUACUAUUCCUGCAAGUUUAAAACAGAAUCAAGAUUCAGAUUCAAAGCACACAAAGGUUCAAAAACAAAUCAAAGGGAAAAUGAAGCAGAGGAAAGCUGAAAAGAAACUAAAGGAAAAUACAAUAGAAUCACAUUUAACUGUUGGUGAUUUGAUCAACAUACAAAAAAAAACUAAAAGUCCUGGAAAUGUGUCACUGGAAGACUUUAAAUUAUCUAAAAGUUUUAUUGCUAUGGACAACCAGAAAAAAAUUAAAGACCCAAGAAGAACAAAAUCAAAUACUGUCAAAAGUAGAUCACAAAAAAAUAAGUCUAAUGUUUAUGAGAAUGCGCUGCUAAAAGAUAUAAUACCUAGAUUCCAAGAAAAAGUCCAGAUAAAAAAACUAGAUGUAAAUGAAGCCAUUCUGAAACCACAUUCCGAGGAAAGCAGAAUUUCAGUUGAUACUUCAUCAAGUAACUCUGAAUCUCAUUUCCCAGACAUCAAUAAAACACAAAAACCAAAAUCAAUAUCUACUAGCUCAUCAGUUUCUGGAGACCUUUACAUUGAAACCGCAGCUAAAAAAGUUGGCAGUGAUAUUGAUAUUAUUGCUGAGACUCAGUGUGAUAAUUUGUUCAGUAAUAUAAAAGAUGUAUCAUUAUUAAAUAUGAGUAAUAAAGAUAAACAUUCACAGCCAAAAUUAAUGAGCCCAAAACCUCAUGACAACUUAGCUACUAAAGAACAAUAUUCCCAUAAUGCAAAUGCUAACAAAAAAAUUGAAAAUGUCCUGAAAAGUAAAAGAAAUCCCAUUCAAAAAGCUUUUGCUACUAAUUCACCUUUGAAUGCUUCAGGUGACUUUCACAAACCAAUAGUAGAACUACCUUUGUCUUCAAAUGUUGAAAGUUCUUUUGUUUUCUGCAACACCAAAACAAAGAAAGCAGCCAAUUGUCUAAACAAUGCUGAUAAAAUGGGAGGCGACGGUUCAUCAGUUGAUGUUAAGAAAAGAAAAAAAAGUUCUACCUUUUUAAUGGAUAAGGGGAAGAGUAAAUUAAAUAUUGAAGGUGAGAUCAUCUCUGUCCAGUCACAAGAAAAGAAGAGCAACUCUCAGAGCCAACCAAGAAAAAGGUUCACUGGUAUUGAAAACAACUCAGAUUUAGAAAAAAAUCACAGAGAAACUGACUCACAAAGUACAAACGAAAUUAGUAAGCCUUCAAGAAACCUUCGUCCUCGAAACAAAGUUGUCUCCUACAAAGAAUGUGCAUCAUUAGAUAGUAGCCUCAGCACCAAGCUACAAGAAAAAACUGACAUACCAACUAAAUUAACAAACCAUAACACACCAGAUUCAGCAUGUUCCAGUUCUCUGAAAUCCACACCAUUAAAUGAAAAGUCAAUUGACUAUGAAAAAGAUACAAAUUGUUUUAAACAGUUGGGCUACCUAGCACCUAAGAAGCUAUUAAAAAGUAAAGAAACAAGACAAAAGAUUUGGACAACACAGCAUGUUGAGAAAACUGUAACAACUACAGCGUAUGCAAAGCUAGUGCAUAACAGUAGUACUUUAGAUCCAUAUGAUUUUGAUUUGGAAUGUAAAACUCUUUCUAGGACAACAACACCUACUGUACCGUUGAGGGGUUCUUAUGGGAAGCAUAACUUAGAAGCUCAGUCAAUUUCAAUAUCAUGUAUAAAACAGAAAAAAAAAGAACCAGCUUUUAAAAGUGUAGUUAAAUCACAGUACACAGAAUGUAUUGGAAAAGAGAAGAGUAAAAAGAAUUUUGACAAAAAGGAAAGUUACCAUAAGAAGGAAAACAUCUUUAAUUUGAAGCAGAGCAGCAAAAAUAGCAUGGUCAUUGGCAAAUCAAAAGAACAGUUAAUUUCUGAUUGGAGUAACACAAAGCCUCUCAAUAACAUCAAUGAUUCAGAUAAUAGUAUCAGCAACAGUUCAUCAAAAUUUCAGCUAUUUGCUAGUCAGAGAGACGCAUGCAAAGAAAGUUCAGGCUUGGUAUUCCCACAUUUAGAUGACUCAAUACCAUGUACACCAUAUGAUUUUAACACAAAUGAAGAUGUAGAGCAAAUGGAGGCCACUUCAGAUAGGAAAUCUGUUGGGAGUGAAAUCAGCUGGCUGUCUAAAGCUAGAACAGCAUCUAUUAAGACUUUAGAAGAGGACAAGAAAACUUAUGACAAAAACAAAACCUGCAAAAUAGAGCAUAAAAACAUUGUUAAAAGAACAGACAAGGAUGCAGAUGCCUUAUGUUUAUAUACUCCAAUUCAGCAGAAACAGAAAUCUGGUGAAAUAAAGAAACCUUGUUCCAAAUCACUUGUUUCUACUAUGGACCAAUCCAUCAAAACUAAUAUGAUCAAAACAGAUAAAAAUAGUCUUAGUAGUUCAUAUUCUACAACCAAACAAGUUGUUAAAGGAACAGAACCAAAAAGAAAUUCCUUAGAGAGCAAUGAAGCACAGAUCUCUUUGAGCAACAAAUCAAGCAUUAUAAAUUCACCUUCAUGUGGAAAUUAUAGUGACAGAACUGAUGGCUCUGACACUGAUGUUAAGACAAAGAAUAGUGUGAACAAAAAAAUGAUGAAAUCAUGGAGUGAAUUUUCAUCCAAAAUGGACCAUCAGCUUGAAGAAGCUAUGAAAAGUAUUGCAGGAAGUAUAGAUCACUAUGAAUAUUCUCCUAAUGUUGUCCCUGGAAUAUGCUCUGGUCCAGCCACAGCCAAAAGACCAACCCAGUCUGAACUUAAAAGAAAAUAUUCGAAUAUAUCAUCUACUUCAAGUGAGGAAGUUACUUCUCAAGACACCAGUGUUAACAUGACUGCACCUAACAAAAUACUUAAAAAAGAUAGCAUCCUUUCAAGUUCUUUGGUAAGACAAGAUAACAAGCAAAACAGAAAAGUGACACCAUUUACCCCUAAAACACCUAAUAUCAAAGACGACAGUUUGCAAUACUUGAAAAAAUUAUCCAAUCCUUGCAAAAAUGUGGGAAAGAAAAGUAAGUUCAAGGAUAGUGAAGGAGAGCCACCAAAGAAGAAGCGAAAGUCACAGCGCAAAUUAGAUUUAUCACCCCCUGCAGCUUGUUACAAACAUACUGGAAAAAAUAGUUUACAGAAAAAUAAAAGUAAUCUGGGCUUAUCAGGAGCUCCAAAGAGUUUUGAAUUUGAACUUAACAGUGACACAGCAUCACCAGUGCAAAGUCUUUCAGUGGUAUCCAAGAAAUUUAUAAACUCAUCUCUGGGAUUGGACUUGUCACCAUUAAAACCCAUCACUCUUUCUUCUAAUGGAUCAUCUCUGAUUACCAAGUCUGUGCUGGAUUCUCCAUUUGUAUCUGAUGUAGAUGAUAAUGAUACUUCAGCUUGUUUGACUGCUUUUAACAACAUUGCUAAAGAUGUAUUAAAAACAAACAUUGACCAAGUUUCAGAGAGUUCUUCUGAACUGUCAGGACAGUUAUUGGAAGAAAAUACUGAACUAGGAAACUUACGCCAAUAUAUUAUGAAACAAAAAUCAGUUGGUACUGGUUCAUCUUUUGAUGGGGGUUUGAAAGAUAUUAUGAAAUCUACUCAUCAUGUGAUCAAUACAUCAUGGGAAGAAAAUGAAAUCAAACGAAUAAAUGCUGUUAAAAAAUUUCAAGAUUCUGUCCAGAAAGUAAUAUUUCAUAUGAGUAAAGACCUGAAGGAGUUGACUGAAACUGAGCUAAAAACAACUGUUAUAUGGGCCCAACAGAUGGAAAAAUUUAAAAAGUUUAGAGAAUCACAUCAAAAAGAAUUCAAAAGACUGAAGUCAUCUCAUGAAAUAUUAAAUAAGGAGCUACAGCAAACUCAUACUGAAAGUCAAAACAUGCAGAAAACAAUUAAAAUAUCACUGAAACGAGAUGUGGAUGCCCUUCAGAAAAAGCUUCUGUCUAAGAUUAGUGACCAGUCAUUAGAAGCCAUGAGAAGGUGUUUGCAAGCUUCAAUUAUGUUCUCCUAGUUCCAAGCUGUCUCAGACUGCUUUGCCAACUAAUUAUAGUUUGCUAAACUAGUCAAGGGAAUAAAAUAGAUAUUCUUUUAACCUAUUUAGAAAUAAAAUAUAUUGAAAAAGAAUAGCUUUAGCUAAGAUUAUAAGAAACUAAAUAAGGCUGUUCUAUACAAUAAGUCUAGAAACUGCUUUAUAGUUUUUGGUUUCUUUUUUUUUUUAACAAAAAUAAAGCUAAAAUCCAAUCUCUGUAGAAAUAUGCUUAAAACGUGCUAACUAAAUGUAAAAAUUAGUAAAUUUUCUAAUUGUAAAUUAAUAUUUAUUAAUAAGCUUAAUGUAAUUAUUUUUUCAAGGAUCCUAAUAUUUUAUUUCUUUAAAGGAUGUUUGAAAAUAUUUACUGCUACGAUGCUACUUAUUUUUGACAAAAGCAAAGCAUACUGUCAGUAGGUGUUUCUGAUAAAUAUACAGUUUAACUAAAGUUAACUGAUAUUUGUAGCAAUAGUAGUCAGCAAUAAUUUGAUAACUUUAAUUUAUUAAUAUAUACAUAUUGUUCUUGUUAAUUUAUUUUCAUGUUGUGUCUAGUCUGCUCUGAUAAAAAGCAACAAAUAUUUUAACCCUAUUUGGUUACUAUUGUAUCACCCUUGCCUUUAACUAGUUGUUCACUUUUUGCAGAAAAAUAAAUUUUUAGAACAAAGCUUAUUGCAAUGCUUCAUUUAUUCUUAACAUUACUUUGUCUAAUAUUAAAAUUGUAUUAUGAUAUUAACAAAUUAAAAAACAGACAACCAUUUUACCACACACCACUAAAUGA